UCGUGUAAAACUUGCUCCCGAAACGUAUCGGGAAAUCGUGGCGAUUAUUACGACGAUCUGGACUUUAUUUUCGACGGACGUGGCAGAGCACUUCCGGAGGACGAUUUCGAAGAUGAUUUCGUUUUGAAUCAACGACGUUACAAAGAACGUGCCGCGGCUGCCUUCGAGGAAGAUUUGGCCGAAUUGAGACGCAAGAGAAGAGACAUGCAGGAUCGUAUUUUCGACGUAAUCGAUUUGAACGCCGAAAUUGAGAAGGCUAGGAACACGUUGGAGGCCGCCGGUAAUGCAUUUCAAAAACACGCAACUAAAUUCGACAAUAACGAGGACGAUCUAGAUGACAACGUUACUUUAACACAAAAAUUAGACAGAUCAAGAAAAUUGGCUAAUUUAGAAUUGGUUCCUGAUAAAUCUAAAGCCAAACCGGAAAUAAUAUUACAAUGGGCAAGAACACAAAAUGCAGAACCGGAAAUAACAACAACAACAACCCCUCGUAUUUCAAAUGGAAGAUCAAGAUUAAAUUCUUUAGCCGAUGCUAAAGAAUUUAUCGAAGAUCCGUUAGAUGUAAUUGCCAUGCAACCGAUAAAGAGAAAAUUUCUUAAACGAAAGAAGAGUGUUUCCUUUUAAAACAAAAAAAAACAAACAAACAACAAAGACAAGAAAAAUGAACACCAAAAAAAAAAAUAAGGAAAAUGCAUUUUAUCCAUUAAUCGCGAUUACAUCGGACUUAAUUUGUUAUUCACAAUUUCACCCUUUUCAAAUGUGUAUUUUCAUUGAAAACUGUAUAUACAUAUUCAUUUACAUUUACAUA